UCUCUCUCUCUCUCUCUCUCUCAUGGAUCUUGUUUCCUUCUUGUUUUAUGUUCUUCCUCUUUUCUUUCUCUUUUUCAUGAUACUCGAGGUUGUCAAACAAAGAAAGCACCAAUGCUGCUACAUAUUGGACUAUCAGCUCUAUAAACCAGGCGAUGAUAGAAUGCUGAGCACUGAGUUUUCCGGCAAAGUCAUCAGACGAAAUAAGCAGUUGGGACUUAACGAGUACAAGUUCCUCUUGAAAGCCAUUGUCAGCUCAGGUAUUGGUGAACAAACUUAUGCACCAAAAAUGGUGUUCUGUGGCCGAGAAGCAAACCCUACUUACGACGAUGCCAUCACCGAGAUGGAUGAGUUCUUACAUGACAGCAUUGAGAAGCUUUUGUCGAGGACAGGCGUUUCUCCGUUGGAGAUUGACGUCCUCGUCGUAAAUAUUUCAAUGAUAGCUCCGAUCCCUUCUUUGUGCGCUAGGAUUAUCAAUCACUACAAGAUGAGGGAUGAUAUUAAGGCCUAUAGCCUCACCGGAAUGGGCUGUAGUGCAAGUUUAAUAUCAAUCAAUAUUGUUCAAAGCAUCUUUAAGUGUCGAAAGAAUGUGAAUGCUCUUGUUAUUACCUCAGAAUGUUUGAGCCCAAAUUGGUACACCGGCAACGAUAAAUCGAUGAUUCUUGCUAAUUGUCUGUUUAGGACAGGUGGGUGUGCAAUACUUUUGACAAACAAAGAGUCCUUAAAACACAAAGCCAUGUUCAAAUUGAAGUGUCUGGUUCGAACCCACCACGGUUCAAGAGAUGAGUCCUACGAUUGUUGCCUUCAGAAGGAGGAUGACCAAGGGAAGGUAGGGUUUCACCUCGACAAAAACCUCCCAAAAGCUGCAACUCAAGCUUUGAUCGAUAAUAUCAAGAGAAUAACACCAAAGAUACUUCCAGUAAGAGAACUUCUUCGGUUCAUAAUCGUUUCUUCUCUGCAAAAAAUGACUCAGAGACCAAGAAAGGAGAAACGAAAGCAGCCAAUGAUUAACUUCAAAACAGGUGUUGAUCAUUUCUGCAUUCACACUGGUGGAAAAGCAGUGAUUGAUGGGAUAGGACAGAGCCUAAAUCUCACCGAGUAUGACCUAGAACCAGCGAGAAUGACACUGCACCGAUUUGGCAACACUUCUGCUAGUAGCCUAUGGUAUGUUUUGGGGUACAUGGAGGCCAAGAAGAGGCUCAAGAAAGGUGAUAGAAUCUUCAUGAUCAGCUUUGGGGCUGGGUUCAAGUGUAACAGUUGUUUGUGGGAGGUGGUGAGAGACCUGGGUGAUGGAAAUGCUUGGAAGGACUGUAUUGAUAGCUACCCACCGGAAAACAUGGCCAACCCUUUCUUGGAGGAGUAUGGCUGGAUCAGAAAUGAAGAACUAACCACCUUCAAACUUCCAGAAAAGUAUCAAACAGAGGGAUGGUCAUGAUUUUUCUUUCCUUCUUUGAAGGUGCUUAGUUCUUCAGAAAAGGUUGUACUAUUAUUGUUCAUUUGUCUCUUCAUUUUCUUUGCUAGUUUUUUCCGUUAAAACAGUAAGUUAUUAUACUUAAUCCUGUGGAUUAAUUAUGUUGUUUAUCAUAAUAUUGAGGAAAAAAGAAACAGCUUGGACUCAUUUAAUUCUCAUUGCUGUAUAUUUACUUUGUCUUUAUAUCUUUGUACGGAUGUGCAGAGAUUGCAAUAAAAUUCCAGUGAGAAAGGCUUUAUUGUUCCUGCAGUCCCAACAGGAAAUGUGGUUGUGUUUGUUUGUUUAUGUGCUUCUCCUUUGGGCAAUAUGAAAAAUUUCAAUUGGAG